AUGCUGGGCCGGCGGCGCCUCUUCGCCGUGGAGCCGCUGGGCGGCCGGGAUGGGGCUGGUGAGGACCUGGCACAUGGUUGUAUAGUGCCUGGAGUCAUCAGCACCUACAGACAGAUCCCAGAUGUGGCUCCAGUUUGCUCAUCAGACUCCUGGAAGGGGCAAGACCAGCUGAGAGAUCCCCAGGCGCAGGUGCCGCUUCUCAAACUGGCCUCCCAGGACUCAGGAGUAGAGAUGGCGGUUGGGGACAGCUCCCCGGCUACCUCACCCGGCUUUUCUCAAGACUCUCUGAACUUUGAGCCCCUGGGGAGCGCUGAGUCCCUGGCCCUUGGUGCCCUGGAGCCUCCUGUCCACCUAAGCCGGCUUCUAGCCAGACGUAAGUUGGAGCAGGUGCUGGAGCGCUCCCACAAGCUCUCCGUUCCCCCCGCCAGCUUGUCACACUGCCACUCCCCAGAGCUGCCGCCUGAGUGUGAAAUGCCCCAUUCUGAAGCAAGGGGACAGGAGGCCACCGAGGCAGAGAGUGAUCCAGAGGAUGGCCUGGAACAAGCAGAGGUGGUGGAGGGCUUAGGGCCUGAAGCCUGCCCCGGCCUUCCGGGGCAGGGUCUUCGCUAUCUGGAACACCUGUGCCUGGUGCUGGAGCAGGUGGCAAAUCUACAGCGGCUCUGUCUGCAGCUUCAGACUCAGAGGGGCCCUGGGGAUUCUGAAGAGGAGGAGGAGACAACCCUGGCGCCUUCCCCUCCGCCUUCUGACGCCCCAGACAGUGAGGUGCACGGGCCGUGGGGACGGCUCAGCCAGACAGAGGAGACAGGAGCAAAAACAGCUUCACCCCCAAAGGUAGGGGCGCCCAGUGCCAGCCCUCCCAGGCUGUCAGAGGCCCUGGCAGAGCCAGCUCACACCUUCUCAUCCUACCAGGAACACAAGGGGGAUCGCUCCCACUGGAACAAAGUCAAGGUGCUGCUCAACCGGAUCAGGUGGGGCAGCCCUCGACCUGCUGAACCUGCCACCUCUGCCGACGGUCCUGUCCCCAGUGAGUCCUGUGACUCAGCACCCAGGAUUGCAUCAAGGGGCCUCCCUGAAAGGCCUCUGGGCCAUCCCCUCCAGAAGACCUUUAUGCCAUCAUCAGUGGUUAAGAAGAAACAAGACAAAAACCCCUCUGCACACUAG